UCAAUGUUUAUGAUAUUUACAUCGCUCUGUUUGAUUUGUGCUCUUCCUAUCUCUGUGUGUGUUCUACAGUACUUAUUGCUGAUUCGGAUUGGAGGAGAGCCUUAGGGAAAGAAUGUUCGGUUCGAGUAACCCCUUUGGGCAAUCAUCAACUAGCCCAUUUGGGUCUCAGUCUGUUUUUGGUCAGACUAACAAUGCCAGCAGCAACCCGUUCACCCCCAAACCCUUUGGUAGUACUAGCCCAUUUGGUUCACAGACGGGGAGUUCCAUAUUUGGUGGCACAUCAACUGGCGUGUUUGGAGCAACUCAGUCUUCUUCUCCUCUAACCUCUGUGCCAACAUUUGGUGCUUCGUCAUCACCGGCUUUUGGAAGUUCAAUGCCUGCCUUUGGCGCUUCUUCAACGCCUGCUUUUGGCAGCUCUUCGUCCUCAUUUGGUGGAUCUUCUGUCUUUGGGCAGAAGCCUGCUUUUGGAGGCUUUGGAUCGACUCCUCAGACAAGUCCCUUUGGAAGCACAUUUCAGCAAACUCAACCAGCAUUCGGUAGCAAUCUGUUUGGUUCAACGCCCUUUGGUGCGUCAAGUCAGUCUGCAUUUGGUGGGUCUAGCACACCAGCUUUCGGUGCAACAAGUACACCUGCUUUUGGUGCUACAAGCAGCCCAGCAUUUGGUGCCACAAGUACCCCUGCUUUUGGAUCUACGACAACUCCAACAUUUGGUAGCACGGGUACAGCCUUUGGUGUGUCCAGUUCACCAGCAUUUGGAUCUGGGGGAGCAUUUGGGGCUUCAAGCACCCCUGUUUUUGGUGCUUCUAGUACUCCUGCAUUUGGUGCUUCUAGUACUCCUACUUUUGGUGCUUCAAAUUCUUCUGCUUUUGGCGCUUCAAGUGCUCCAUCCUUCAGUUUUGGUUCAUCUCCAGCGUUUGGUCAAUCAAGUUCUGCAUUCGGCAGCAGCCCAUUUGGAACUACACCAUCUCCUUUUGGAGCACAGAGUUCUCCUUUUGGAUCCCAGGCUACAACACCAACGUUUGCAAGCUCGGGCUUUGGCCAGUCAAAUUUUGGUGGCCAACGUGGGGGUAGUAGAGUGGCAUCUUACACACCUACACCUGAGGUGGAUGGCGGUGGCACACAGCCUGCUGGAAAGCUGGAGUCAAUAUCAGCAAUGCCUGUUUACAAAGAUAAAAGCCAUGAAGAAUUGAGGUGGGAGGACUACCAGUUGGGCGAUAAAGGUGGUCCCAAUCCUGCUGGUCAAUCUGCUGGAGGGAUUGGUUUUGCUGCGCCUGCUGCACAGUCAAACCCGUUUGCUCCUUCACCUGCAUUUGGUCAGUCAUCCACCAAUCCUUUUUCCACACCAACUUCUUCCAACCCGUUCGCUCCAAAAACACCUGCAUUUGGCUCGUCGGGUUUUGGAACUUCAUCUACUCCAGCAUUUGGUUCAUCUCCCUUUGGCUCGUCAUCUACAUCUAACCCAUUUGGUUCAACUUCAUCUUCCACACCAUCUAUAUUUGGAGCAUCAUCGGCCCCUGUAUUUGGAGCUAGUUCAUCUCCAUCUCUUUUUGGUGGAUCAACGACAUCUGCAUUUGGAUCUUCUUCCUCAAUCUUUGGAUCUGCUUCUGCUCCUGGAAUGACAUCAACAUUUGGUUCUGGUUUGAAUUUUGGUAACACCCAGUCGACCCCAUUAUUCCAGUCUACUACACCUUCGCUUGUGCAAACGGGUCCUACUUUUGGACAGACUGCUUCAGCCUUUGGGCUGAAUACUGCCUCCUCCAUUGGUCAGUCGAGCAUAUUCAGCAAACCAUCAACUGGAUUUGGAGGAAACUUGUUCUCAGCCACUCCAUCACUGCUGAAUUCGAGCAAUCCAGUAGGUUAUGGCCAAACAACUUCAAUGCAACCUUCUCAGACAUCUGGGGCCUUUUCUUUUGGAAAUUUUGGACAGACACAACCAGGAGCUUCAAGUGGGUUUGGUGGUGUUUCGAGUGUCUUUGGCCAGGGAACUUUUGGACAAUCUUCUGCCACUCAGGGCUCUAUGGGCAUGCAACCAGUGCCUGUGUCAAAUCCUUUUGGAACUCUUCCUGCAAUGCCUCAGAUGUCAAUUGGUCGCACUGGAUCUGCAUCCUCAAUUCAGUAUGGAAUUUCUAGUAUGCCGGUCAUGGACAUGCCUGCUCCAGCAAGAGUUUCCUCCUUGUUAACUUCUCGGCACUUAUCUCAAAGAAGGAUGAGGUUGCCAGUAAGGAAAUAUCAUCCUAAAAAUGAUGGUCCAAAGGUCCCCUUUUUUAGUGAUGAUGAAGAAGCACCUAGCACACCAAAGGCAGAUGCUCUUUUUAUCCCAAGGGAGAAUCCGAGAGCGCUGGUUAUUCGUCCCACAGAACAAUGGCCCUCAAAAGCUAGUGCAGACAAAUUAUCUUCGCUGAAGGAUAAUUCUAAUCAUGCUCAGGAAAAUGGAAAAAUAUCUGGGAAUGUUGCACCUCCUGCUUCAAAUGGUGCUGUUACUCAUGAUAAAGACAAUGGAAAUGGUGCAGGUGGUCCUGCUGAAGGUGGUACUGACAAGGAAAGGACUCCUACCAAAAUCAAUCUGAAGGAAAAUGGGGUACAUGAUGAUAAUUCCACACAAAAGGGAGACUCAUACAUUACUCUCACUGGGCACAGGGCUGGCGAAGCUGCAAUUGUGUAUGAGCAUGGGGCUGACAUUGAGGCACUAAUGCCAAAGCUUCGGCAUUCUGACUACUACACAGAGCCUCGAAUCCAAGAGCUGGCGGCCAAGGAAAGGGCUGAGUCAGGGUUCUGCCGCCGAGUGAAGGAUUUUGUGGUUGGACGGUAUGGUUAUGGUAGUAUCAAGUUCAUAGGGGAGACUGAUGUGCGGCGGCUAGAUCUUGAGUCUCUGGUUCAAUUUAACCACCGGGAGGUGAUCGUAUACAUGGAUGAAAGUAAGAAGCCCCCUGUUGGGCACGGGCUCAACAAACCCGCUGAGGUAACUCUUCUCAACAUCAAAUGCUUUGACAAGAAGACAGGGCAGCAGUAUACAGAAGGGCCAAAAGUUGAGAAAUACAAAGAGAUGCUAAAGAAGAAGGCACAAGACCAAGGUGCUGAGUUUGUAUCCUAUGACCCAAUUGAAGGGGAAUGGAAAUUUAGGGUCAGCCAUUUCAGUCGAUACAAGCUCCAAGAUGAAGAUGAUUGUGAUUCUGACUGAUGUGUUGCCUCGGAUUGAUUGCUGACAGAAGGGGUAAUGUGGGUGUUAGGGGAGGUGAUUUCUUUCUACAAAGUCAAAUUGUGUCUGUAUAUUAGUAGUAGCUAAUGGUUUGCACAAACGCGUGCAUGGCGCCUCCUUUUUGUGUAGCAUGUCUCUGUGUUUUUGCAAUGUUCUUUGAUUUCCUUCCCCUUGUUUGUUACUGGAGUUUGUAUGGGACGGUGGGUUAUUUGUCCA